CCCUCCCAACGGACACACACAAGAUGGCGGCGGCGGCGGAGGGCGGCGGCGGCGGCGGGGGGAGUCUCUGACGGCGCCGCCAUGUUGGUGAGGGCAAUAACGGCACCCCUGCUGCGCCGGUGGUGCCGGGGCCGGCGGGGCGCGGCCACCGCCUGUUUCCCGCUGAGCCGGGCGCUGCUGGGCGUGCGGGGCGCCGAGGCCGCCGUGUUCCUGCAGGGGCUGCUCACCAAUGACGUCACGCAGCUGGUGGCGGAGGGCGACGCCCCCCCCGCGCUCUACGCGCACGCGCUGAACGUGCAGGGCCGCUGCCUGUAUGACGUCAUCCUGUACAGGCUGCACGGGAGCACAGCAGAGGAGCCUCACAUCCUGCUGGAGUGUGACAGCAGCGUGCUGGAUCCCAUCCAGAAACACCUGAAACUCUACAAGAUCCGCAGGAAAGUCACCAUCAGCCCCUGCCCUGACCUCUCCCUGUGGGCUGUCAUCCCUGGGGAUGCCAGCUCCCUCCCAAAAUCUGCAGACCAGGCUCUGCUCUUAACUCCUGACCCCAGGGCAGAAGUCAUGGGCUGGAGAGUGAUUGCAAAGAAAGGAGCAAAUCUGUCAGAGAUUAUCCCUGGGAGCCAAGUUGGAGACAUUCAGGAUUACCACAGGCACAGGUAUAAACAAGGCAUUCCCGAAGGGGUGGACGAUCUCCCCCCAGGAGCCGCCCUCCCGCUGGAAUCCAACCUGGCCUUCAUGAACGGCAUCAGCUUCACCAAGGGCUGCUACAUCGGCCAGGAGCUGACGGCCAGGACGCACCACAUGGGCGUGAUCCGCAAGCGGCUGCUGCCCGUCCGCUUCCCGCAGCCCCCGCCCGGCUGCGGCGUCCCCGCGGGCGCCGAGAUCCUCACCGAGGCGGGCAGGCGAGCCGGCAAGUUCCGAGCUGGCCAGGGAGAGCUGGGGCUGGCCCUGCUGAGGCUGGCACACGCCAAGGAGCCGCUCUGCGUGCGCCUGCCCGGGGGCACGGUGAGCCUCAGGGCCAGCACGCCCCAGUGGUGGCCACAGGCUGCUGCUAAGUAGAUGGGGAGCAGCGUUUGCCUUAGGGAGAGGAUGGGGUGUGGGGAUGUGGGGAUGCUGCUCUUUGUUUGGGGUCCUGCAGGAUUCCUAAAUGGGGGCUGAACAGCAGGAACCCAAAGCUGUGGCAGAUCACUGGGUUGGAUCUUCCACUGAGUGCCAUGGAGGGAGAAAUCCAGGGAAUUGCACCUUUCCUCCACUUUUUUAGGGGUGCCUUGUGUAUUUAGGGGGUGCCCAGUGUUGUUGGGUUGUGCUCUGGAUGGAUCCCAGGCUGACACUCACUCCCUCAGACAAUGCUCUGUGUGUGUAAUGCACUGAUUUUUUUCAGUUCAGAAUAACCAUUUUGUGGUAUUAUAAUUUUAUUUUUUUUUUUUUUUUUUUUUUUUUUUUGAGUGGAGAUCAUGCUGCUCUUAUUGUGCUCUCAGGCUGAAGUUUUUUUUGCUGCAAAUUGAUCCUUGCAUUGAGCUGCUUCAACUUGCUGAUGGGGCUGGCAUUUCUUCCCACCUCUGGAAUUAUAUUCAGGAAGAGGAAAACCUUGUGCUUCAUACAUUGAUUUUAAGCUCAAACCUCCUGGUCCUCUCUCCUGCUGAGGUGGCAGUGGAGGGAGCACAGCUGGUUCCUCUGACUCCCAUCCCUCAAACCAUUUUUUGGGAGAGGAAAGGGAUAUUUCCAAUGCCACAUGUGCUGGCUUAGCCUGGCCUUCCUGAGGCAGGAUUUUCACCAUAUUCUGGCUCUGCACCCCUCACACCCUGUCCCUGCUGCACCUGCAGCUGAGGUUUUCUCCAUCCCCCACCCCGAGGGUUUUUAGAACAGCUUUGGCAUUUAUUUGCUUUAUUUUUUCUGGUUGCCAACACUCCUCUGCUUCCUCAAUUUAAUUUCUUGCUGCAACAUACUCCUCUCUUCUUCCAAAGCCAACCAGCUUCAUGUCUCCUGACCCUGUCAGCCUACAGUGGUUUAUAGGAACCCUUUUUAUUUUUGUAUUGCAAUAAAUCCAUUACACAAUAAGACAGCUGCCCAGGUGAGAUCCCAUUUUGUCCAAAAAAACAAAAAACUUUUGCUUGAAUAUUUGUAACAAAACCCGUCCAAAAUCACAUUCUGCCUCUGUUUCAGUGUUACUGUGAAAGAAAAAUGCUUAUAUUGAUUAAAACUCUAUGGUUGCUGUAAAAUGA